CCUAUUUAGUUAGACAGCAGAGUUACCAAGAAGAGCUGGAAACACCUGAUGGUCUCUGUGGGACAAUCCGCUCCAUAAAACUCUCCUCUUAACUGUCGGAAGAUAAAUCUACCUCCAGGCUUCAUUUUUCGUCAAGUUUUUGUUGUGUUUUCUCUUCUGAAAAAGUUACAGAGCCGGCUGAUCUCUCGUUUACUCUCUUCAUCCAAAGAAUUACUGAUAAGGAGACAUUGCACUACCCUAUUUUUUCUAAAUUGUUCCUAUUUAUUGUAUUUUUGCACUAACGAUGCACACCACGCAAAAGGACACGACCUAUACGAAGAUUUUUGUCGGGGGUCUUCCCUACCACACCACGGAUUCAAGUCUCAGGAAAUAUUUCGAGGUGUUUGGUGAGAUUGAAGAAGCGGUGGUCAUCACCGACAGACAGACUGGCAAGUCCAGGGGUUAUGGAUUCGUGACGAUGGCGGACCGCUCGGCUGCAGACCGGGCCUGUAAGGACCCCAACCCAAUCAUUGACGGCAGGAAGGCCAACGUCAACCUGGCCUACCUGGGGGCCAAGCCUCGGGUGAUGCAGCCAGGCUUUACCUUUGGUGUUCCCCAAAUUCACCCUGCCUUCAUCCAAAGGCCUUAUGGCAUACCGGCCCACUAUGUGUACCCUCAGGCCUUCGUUCAGCCUAGUAUGGUCAUCCCUCAUGUGCAACCAACAGCUGCUGCACCCACCGCUGCCUCCUCCCCAUACAUCGACUACACCGGAGCUGCCUACGCGCAGUAUUCUGCAGCUGCAGCCAACGCUGCGGCCGCCGCUGCAUAUGAGCAGUAUCCGUACGCCGCAUCCCCUGCCGCUGCAGGCUACAUGGCUACUGCCGGGUACGGCUACGCAGUCCAGCAGCCUUUAGCCGCAGCUGCCCCGGGCUCAGCUGCGGCUGCAGCCGCAGCCUUCGGUCAGUACCAGCCUCAGCAGCUGCAAGCCGACCGCAUGCAAUAGCAGCCACUGCAACCACUGGACAUGCAGAGAGAGGAGGCCCGCCCACGGCCACAGCUGAUUGGUCAUGAGAAGGAGCAGCGAAGGAAAAGGAAGAGGGAGUGGCCUUAAGGGUGGGCGUGUCACUUAGAGGCAGAGUAGCUUUAAAAAGGUGAUGAUGAUGAUGGUGGUGGUGGUGAUGAUGGUGGUGAGGUGGAAACUUUUUACAGUAACUUUCCAACUUGCUGUGCUUCAACCAAAAAACAAGAAAAUGAAAAAAAGUCG